AUGGACAGCCUUCCCAACGAGAUUCUCUUCGGCAUUGUCGACAAUCUAAUAUCAUGUGAAAGUGAAAACCUCUUAGACACGUUCCAUUUAUCUCUUACCAACAAGCGCCUGCACGAAGUGGCCGACUGCGCCUUAUCCAAACGCAUCUUGAGCAUCCUCAAAGACGUCCCCGCUCCACCCUGGCAAACACCUCUGCGCCCGACUUUAGUUCCCGAGAGCUGUAACGUAUCAAAGUCAAAGCUUCAGGUAUUCUAUGACUACUACAUCGCCAUCAUAGCGCUAGACAAAGAGAUCCAGCCUAUAGCAGUACAACUUACGGCACCGAAGAGUCCUAUGGUCGUCACUCAUGAGAUAGACUCAGAAGACGUUGAAGAAGUCAGAAAGGUUGUGGACUUGGUUCAUGAGGCGUCCGUAUUGUGGCGAGACCUUGAAUAUGCUGAUCCCACACAUCAGUUCCUUGGAUUUGUAAGAGAUAUGGAUGCCGGGUAUCUUUCGUGGGAUGAUUGGUUUCACUGGCGCUGGAGGCCAGAGUUAGGGAUGGGCAUGGAUUUGGCAGCGAUGUGGAGCGAUUUUCGAAUGAGGUAUGUCAGGAAGACACGUAAUCUGAUCAUGGAGCGCACAAAGAGGGACAAAAAUCCCGUGAAUUAG